GUUUGUAUGCCGAUCGCCAUGUUCCAAUGGAGGCUGCUCUACUACUCUCCUGGGCAGCGAGGGAUUUAUCUGAGAAAGAUUAUAAAUAGAAGUUUUUCUUACAUUAUUCUCGGCGAUGAAAAGAACGUAAGUAAAGCAUAUAAUUUUGCUUUUUAAAUGCAUUCGUCCAUGAUUUCAUAUCGAUCUCAACAGUGGGAAACUAAGCGUUGUCGACUCAUGUUGACUGGAUCUUUCCUGGAUUUAAUUUGUAAAGUUCUUUAGGGCCUUUUUUAUAAUAUUCUUUACUAUAUUUUUUGUAGAAAGGUGUACCAGUAAAAGCAUGGAUCAAGGGAGUUCCAGUUGAGAAAGAUGCAACGGAUCAACUUCUUUCUUUGGCAAAAUUGCCCAUUGUCCAUUCCCAUGUAGCUGCUAUGCCUGAUAUGCAUCUUGGGAAGGGUGCUUGUGUGGGAUGUGUGGUUCCGACUGUGGGUGCUAUCAUCCCCUCUGCUGUCGGAGUGGUAUGGUCUAGAUUUGACAACUGUCAUUUUUGUCCUGUAAUAAAUACCGUAUUCACUCAAUUAUAUGCCGCCCUUGAUAAAUGCUGCAGAUGGAAGCUAAAAUACCCAAAAAUGCCACCCUGGAAUAAAUGCCGUAUCCAACGGAAAUAUUAACACUGUGGUGUUUAAUUAUGUAGAUAUGGUAUGAUUCUUUCUUGUGAGAUCAUUUAAGAGAAAAGUCCUGUUCAAUUUAAAGAUCAACAUUGGCCAGUCACUUGAACAAAGCUGAAGUUGUUCAAAUUUCCAUAAUUUUAUGGCAGUGAAGAAUGUUGCUCAAAUUCCCCCCUUCCUGUCUUAAUAGUUGAUGUUACAUAGUAAAAACGCCAAGAAGUUAUUUUUGUUAAAUACAGUGGAUUAGCUCUUCUAAUGGACACUCUCGUAAGCAGAUUGGACAGCUCUAUUGUACUUAAGGCUGCCUUCACAAAACCCUGUUUUUGUCAACUCCAAUACAAACUCUGUAUCUUUAUAUUCCCUUAAGUGUCCAGACACCUUUUUCGCAUCCAAAGGGUGUCCACUCACUUCAGUGCCACUGUAUCUAUAAGUAAAAGAUUCCAGGUUGUGGUGUAUGACAUCAUACCACAGGCUCUUGCAUCAUUCUCUCUGAGCUGUAUGUUGCCCAUUUUUGAGUAAAUUGCUCAAAAAUAAAUGUCUGUUGAAUUUUCCCACCAGAGCUCAAUCUUUUCCUAACAAAAAGAUGCAAUAUAUUACACAGGACAUUGGAUGUGGAAUGAUGGCAGUAAGGACAACACUAACAGCAAAUCAGCUGCCAGAUUCCUUGAAGAACCUUCGUACAGCUAUUGAACAGGCUGUACCACAUGGGCGGACNUCCUAACAAAAAGAUGCAAUAUAUUACACAGGACAUUGGAUGUGGAAUGAUGGCAGUAAGGACAACACUAACAGCAAAUCAGCUGCCAGAUUCCUUGAAGAACCUUCGUACAGCUAUUGAACAGGCUGUACCACAUGGGCGGACUCAUUCGGUCUGUAACCUUUGGUGCCGGAAAUGAUACUGUGAAAUCAUUUAUUGCAGAAAAUAUCAAGAAAAGUUAACAAAUAUAUAUUUUUUAAUGAGAGUAAGAAAAAAUAAUAAAUCAAGACUUCAACAAAGUAUCACAAGAACAAUGAGGGUCACAGGUCACUGAUGUGCGCUAUUACCUGUCUUCCUCUAUAAAUGAAGUCUCUCACUUGGUCUUUGAUUUGCCACCCAAUUGUCAUGGAACUUAGCAGGAGCUAGCAUGCACACUCGACUGAUCAUGAUAGGUGAUAGUGGCAAAUAGAAUGGAACAUGUAUUAUUAACUCAUUAGUCUAAGAAUGAUAAAAAAAUGUAUAGGUCAGUGCAAAAAUGAAAAUAAUCAUGAUGAUGAUGAUGAUGAUGACAAAGUUAAUAAUGAGAUUAUUAUUUUUAGGGUCGCAAGGGUGAUGUUGGUGCAUGGAAGUCAAGUGACAUUCCACAGUUCGUUGUAACAGAGUGGGACAAACUCAAGAAAGAGUAUGAAUACAUCUGUAGUCGGCAACCGAUGGCCAAGGCACAGAAUAACAUGAAUCAUCUUGGAACAUUAGGCACUGGAAACCACUUUAUUGAGGUAAUGUGAGUAUGGGAUGUGGUUUUACUUUAUUGAUGAUGGGUUUUGUUACAGUCCCUGCUUUGGCAAUUUUUUUUAUAGAAAUUUUGACCUGUUGUGAGGUAUUUUACACCUGCAUAGACCCUUUCACUGUUUUUUCAACUUUUGACUUGGACAAGUAAGGGAAAAUUCCAUCGGCACUACAGGGAAGAUUGCCUUAAAAUGUAUUAGUAAAAUUGCCAAGUUUGAUGGCAAUAUGUCUUAAGUGAGCAAAGAUAUAGCUCCGCAAAGUUGCAAAAAUUAACAGAUGUUUGUAUGGUGGGGUGGGGGUCGGUGUCCCCCCCCCCCCCCCAAAAAAACCCCUUAAAAAAUCUCCACCCUUGGGGGGGAUAUUGUUUUUUUUUUUUUAAAAAACACCUUUAAAAUAGGUGGUUUUUUUUAUUUAAAUAGAUCCUUUUUUUCGGGGGGUGUGGAUUUUUUUCAAUUUUUGUAUUGGACAAGGAAAGGAAAAUUUCAUCGGCACCAAAGGGAAAAGUUGCUUAAAAUGUAUUUGUAAAAAUUCCAAAGUUUAGGGGCAAAUGUUUUAAAUGAGGAAAAAAAUAACCCCCCAAAAUUUCAAAAAAUAAACGAUGUUUGUAUGGGGGGGGGGGGGGCGGGGUCCCCCCCCCCCCCCCAUACAAACGUCUAUAAAAUUUCGCGACUUUGAGGAGCUAUAUGUUGUUUACUUUUCAACAAAUCACUUUCAAAGUUGGUAAUUUUACUAAUUUAAAGGCGCUCUUUCUGGCGGAGUUGAUGAAUUUUCCCUAACUUGUCCAUGUUAAAGUUGGAUAAAAAAACUUGGAAGGGUCUAGUCUAUUCAAUAAAUGAGCAGAAGUGUUUUUGAUAUCAAGUUUAUAAUGAACACAAGGAAAUGACAAGUAGUAAUCAUUUUUAAUUACGUUUCUGAUAAGGGUUGGCUUUAUUAGCUUAUAUUCAUCUCCUGUCAGUAAUCUCUGUUUCCUGGUAGGCGUGUCUUGACGAAGAAGAUAGAGUUUGGUUUAUGUUACAUUCUGGGUCACGUGGUCCUGGCAACAGAAUUGGAACCGUGUACAUUGAACUUGCCAAGAAUGAUAUGAUGAAACUGGACAAACGAGUUAAGGUACAUGAAUGCUAAAUUGUUGUGUGUAUGUGGUUGUGGUUGUGGUUGCUUUUGGCUGCUGUUUGGCCAUUUGAUUGCAAAGUUACGGGAACUGUUUAAAUAGUCAUACAUGCUCUUCCAACUUAAUGUUGGACAAAAGUGUUUGAUCGUUUACUAGUUGGGGUGUAAUGCUGACCUGAAACACAUGUUCUUCCCACUGUUGUCCAUGCAUUAUCGAUAUAUACCGAUUGAGCAAAAAUUUUAUAAGAAGAAAUUUGUUGCUGUUAACCCUUCAGGCUGAUCAAGGGUUAACACUUUUCACUCCUUCAGGGUUAAUUAUAGAAGCCUUAUGAGGCAAAAAUGUGUGAUAGUGAAUAACCAAACAAAGUGCAUUUUAAAAAUGCGCUUUUUGGAACAUUUUAAGGAGAAUAUAGUUCGUUUGGUUUGUAUCGCUUGCUUAGCUCUGAGCUGUACUGUUACAGACUAAAGCCUGUGGGACACUGUUUUUAGGUUCACUUCAUCAUCGUUCUGUUUCUACAAAAACCAAGGAAAAUUCUGUAGAAUAGUAGAUAAACUAUCAACAACAUUAAUUUAGUGAAGAUUAUUCUGUUUUUGUUGAAUAGGUUGAUAAAGAUCUAGCCUACCUCAAAGAGGGCACAAAGAAUUUUGAGGAUUAUGUGUUUGCGGUGACAUGGGCACAGAAGUUUGCCCGUGUAAACCGUGAUAUUAUGAUGUCAAGUGUUCUGAAGGCAGCUCACUCUUGCAGCAGUAUUCCACAAUUUGAAGUGGACCCAUUUAGCAAGGCUGUUAACUGCCACCAUAACUAUGUGAAUUUAGAGAUGCAUUUUGGAAAAGAAGUGUUUCUUACAAGAAAAGGGGCAGUAAGUAACAAAGAUGCUAAAAUUUGGUGUUUUAUAAAAUACUUAACAAGUCCUUUUUCUGUUGGUUCAGUUGAAUGUCCACAAAAAAGUUUUGUUAGCAAAACAAAUAAAGAAAAAACCAAAGCCAAAAGCAGGCCAAAAAAUAAAAGAACCUAUGUUAUGAAUUUUCUGCCUGCAUUUAUUCAGUUUUUUCAGGAGCCCAUUUGAUGGGCUCCUGGUUUUUUGGGAUACGCUUGUGUUUUUCUUCUUGUGCUAUGGUUAUUGUUAAUUCAAAUUUUGAAAUACCAUGAUUAUGUCACCUACUCCAUGAUUUCAGACAUGUCAUUCAGUUACUUUUUUCGACCUUUUGAACCAGGGUACUUGCAUCUCUUGUUGGUGCACGCACGGUCUAGUCCUUUUAACACAAGGACUCGCCUUGUUAAAAAAUAUUUAUACUACAGUGGAACCUCGAUUUAACGAAGGACCAGGAGACUGGCAAAUGUGUUCGCUGUAUCGAGGUUCUUUUUCAUAUAUCUUGCUAUGACUGGAGUAAAGAAAAUCGUUCGUUAUACCAAGGACUUUGUUAUAUAGAGGUUCCACUGUAUUUGCUUUGUGGUCUAGUAUGUCAGUGAUAUUAUUAAUAUUAAUAUUAUAUUAUUAUCAUUAUUAUUAUUAUUAUUAUUAUUAUUAUUAUUAUUAUUAUUAUUAUUAUUAUUAUUAUUAUGAUACUGAUGAUGAUGAUUGUUCCCAUAAGGUUUCUGCUCGUGAUGGUGAAUUGGGCAUCAUACCAGGGUCCAUGGGAGCACGAUCCUACAUCGUCAGAGGCAAGGGAAACCCUGACUCAUUUCACAGGUAGGCGGUUGUCUAACUGACGACUGAAUUUUGGCUUUUUAUCGUAAGCAAAGCGCGUCGUGAGUUUUUAAAAUAAAUAAUAGCACUAAUAUCAUCAACUUCAUCAUCAUUAUCAUCAUAAUCAUCAUCAUCAUCAUCAUCAUCAUCAUAGCCAUCCAUAUUAUCUUCGUCGUCACCAUCAUCAUCGUCGUCGCUGUCGUCACCAACACCACCCUCAGAUUCGAUUCUUGGUCAAUCAACUUCAGCGAAUACGCUUUGUCUGUAGUCGACUUAUUUGCAACCUCAGUUAACGUUUUACCUGCCAACUCUAUAAUAGGAGUUUGAAUGCUUAAUCAUUCUCUUUUGUGGUAAUUUUCUCCUCAGUUGUAGUCACGGAGCUGGGAGGACCAUGUCGCGAACCAAAGCCAGGAAAAUGUUUUCAAUUGAAGAUCACGUGCGUGCAACAGAGGGCGUGGAAUGUCGAAAGGACGCUGGCGUCAUCGAUGAAACACCAAUGGCUUACAAGGACAUCGAUGACGUCAUGGCAGCGCAGAGUGACCUCUUAGAUGUUGUUCACAGGCUCAAACAGGUGCUGUGCGUGAAGGGGUGAUAUAGCGGAAGUGAAACUGAUGAAAAUUAUAAUGUUUGGUCAACGGUGAAUUCGAAAACUGUCGACUCUGCGGUCACGCGCAAAGGACAGUCAAAAUAAUUCCUCAAGGCACCUGUGGUUAUCUAGUCUACGUACAGUUCACUUGGUCCCAGAGAUAUCAGAUUUCAUGUUACCUCCUUUUCUACCGUGGGCCUGACAGUUAUGCCACUAUACUAUAGACACCUAUUCAUACAGACUGUUCAAUUGGCCUGAAAAGACCAAAAGACAAGUUGGCCAGUACCUUCAUCAGAGUACGGAGACCUGCAACACUAGAUCCAUUAGAUACAUUCUUACACGGUCGUCUCUUUGGUCUCCGUAUGAAUAAAGUAUCAAUGUACAUUAAUACAAAUAAAGUCUUAUUCGUUUCGCGCUACACAGCCUGGCUGGAGAUACGCGCAGGAAUAUGAAGCUAGAGUUAGCCACCGUGGAGAUUUGGCUCAAGCAGUUGACACAGAGAAAUUUGAGCCGAAAAUAUGCAUUAUCUGCAUGACAUUACGUCAUUAGUAAGGAGGGAAACUUACUCUGAAUAGCCAUCUACGGAAUGU